AUGAGCCACAUAAAGUUUUUUAAAUAUUUCUCGGAAAAGAAUAGGCAGAACAACAACGCCCCCCCGGAGAGCUCCUCCGGCAUGUCAUUUCACAAAAAGAGGUUUCGAAAAUAUUUAAACUUUUUAAUCACCAGAAAUAAGGGGAAAAGCAAAAAAAUAAUUACCAAUAGGAAGAACAACCUUGAGAAGGAAGAGCAAAAGGAAGGACAAAAGAAUGGCUGCAUCCCCCCAAUUGAAAACAACAAUACGCAAGAAAAAUCCAUCCAAAUGGACAAAAAUGGAAAACAUGCAAGUAGUGCAAAUAGUGCGAAUAGUGCAAACAGUGCCAACAUUUUAAAGAAGAAAAAUUUGAAUGACAUUUUCUCGCCAAGCAAAAACUUCAAAAUUAGUAAACACAGCAACUGCCUUGUGAACAAAGGACGGGCGCGCCAUACUAUAGAGUGGACGAAAUUAUUUAAACUAAAUUACGAUUAUCACAACAAAAGAAGGGGGCAUUUAUUCAAGAUCCCAUUUUUAAAGAGAAAUAAAUGCGAAAAUGAGGAAAUGGAAGACUUUAUGCAUAUGAACACUACUGCAGGACUUGAAUUUUCGACGGAUGCCCAAAUGAACAAUUAUAAAAAUCAGGUAGACAAAUAUGCCAGUGCACAUUCGCAUGGAAAUUGGAAUUUUUGCAAAAUGUACUCCAAGGGGGAUAAUUUUAAAAAUUCGAAAAAUAUGUAUGGAGAUAAUGGGGACAUGUUUUCCAAUAACAUGUACUUUUAUGCAAAGAUAAUGUUGGAGGAGGAAGAAGAUCGGAGGGAGUUGCACAAGCAGAAGUCGGCCACUCAAGCUAAGAAGAACGAAGGUGGCAAAUCGCCCAAGUUCAAGGGGUUCAAAUCCAACUACUGGACCUUCAGGAGAAGCGCGAAGAACAGGCCCCGCGGGGAGGAAGAGACCCACCAAGGGGACGACCUCGCCGCGAACCCCAACGGAGGCGCAUGCAACAAGGACAACGUGGCAAACAUGAUAAACAACACCCCCAUCAACAAGAAGGACAAGAGCAGCCAGGUCUUCAAGCUGAACGACGACUGU